AUGAAAGGCAGUUCCUGGGUGCUGCACCCAGGUGCCAUCCGGCUAGAAUGGCUGAAAGGAGUCCCCAGGGGCUCAGCACCGCUCUUCAUCAACGCAGGAACAAUCCAACCCAGGACACAGGUCUGCCGCAGGAGAUCAGUGAUCAGCCGCGUUAGUGCAGCCUUUGGCCUCGGGGAGUCAGAGCCCAAGCUGAUGCUUCGUUUGGGGAGAAAAAAAAAAAAACCUUUUAGGUGGCAGAAUGGCUCCAGGCCAGGCCUGCGGACUGCACCCAGGGACUGCGUGGUGCUGCGGGUAUGGCAGGAGACCUGGUGCCUUGAAGAGUCCGACAAGAUAGAGUCAUCUCUUCGUAGCAUCGAGAAAUUUGUUCCUACAGACUUUGCCAGCUACACGCAAGAGCAUUAUCGGUUCGCGGGCAAGAAGAUCGUCAUCCAGGAAUCCAUUGAGAGCUUUGGCACGGUGGUGUGGCCAGGGGCUACAGUUUUGUGCCAGUAUUUGGAAGACCAUACUGAAGAAUUAAAUCUCCAAGAUGCUAAAAUACUUGAAAUCGGUGCUGGACCAGGGCUUGUUUCCACCGUGUCCAGUCUUUUAGGAGCCCGAGUCACAGCAACAGAUCUGCCUGAUGUCCUAGGGAAUCUUCAAUACAAUCUUUUAAAAAACACACUGGAACGCGCAGCUCAUCUACCUGAAGUGAAGGAACUGGUAUGGGGGGAAGACCUGGACCAGAAGUUCCCUAAGUCAAACUUUUAUUACGAUUACAUCCUGGCCUCUGACGUGGUCUACCACCACUACUUUCUCGAUAAGCUUCUGGCUACCAUGGUGCACCUUUCCCAGCCAGGCACUGUGGUGCUCUGGGCAAACAAAUUCAGGUUCAGCACUGACUAUGACUUUUUAGAGAAGUUCAAGCAAGUUUUUGAUACCACUCUCGUGGCUGAACAUUCGGAGUCAUCAGUGAAACUUUUUAAAGGGAUACUAAAAUGGGACUGAUAUGUAAAGGGCCUGCCUUUCAAAGUACCAGUGUCUCGUGAGCUCACAGGAGGCACACUCUACCAUAUUGGUAUAGCUAGGAUAAAGUGCAACUCAAUUCGACACCUUUCCAAGAUGAUAAAACGUGGUCAGUCUAAGUAUCUACAGAGAGCAACACAGGAACAUGAAAGCUGUCUUGCUAACUUCCCAAGAGCCUUAGUUAAGUGCUGAGUAUAUUUUACACAAAGAAGUUAAUGAACAAGUGGGUUCUUCCUACUUGUUUCUACUAUACUGCCUGGACUUCAUGUGUGCCAAUAUGCUUUUGUCAUAAUUACUGACGUGCAACUUAACAGGCUCUGUGUAGCCCAGGGCAACUUAUUGAAAUAGAUACACACACUGGCCUUAGUCUCCUGAUUACAGGUUUGGGCCACAGUGAUUGGCAUACUGCGGCUAGGACACGUAUAUGGGCUGUAGCAGAGAGAUGGUAACACUGACUAAAGGUGCAAACACGGAAUCUCCCGGAAUGAAGUUGAGAGCACUUCAUUGUGAUGCUUCAUGGUGAUGCGGCCAUGUGGAUGGGAGUACAGAUCUCAGCGCCCAACAACUCUUUACAGCCCUAAGGAAUCUGAUGCCCUCUUCUGGACUCUAAGCACCACAGGUACACGCACUGACACAUACCUGUGCACACUCAGACACGUAUUUAUCUAAAUGAAAAUUUCUCUAGAGAAUUUAUAAUUACUUUACCUCAACUACAUGUAAAAUUUCCCAUUAGACUUCUUUUUGUUUGUUUGUUUUUCGAGACAGGGUUUCUCUGUGGUUUUGGAGCCUGUCCUGGAACUAGCUCUUGUAGACCAGGCUGGUCUCGAACUCCCAGAGAUCCGCCUGCCUCUGCCUCCCAAGUGCUGGGAUUAAAGGCGUGUGCCAUCACCUCCCGGCUUCCAUUAGACUUCUAUAUUGCCUGUUUUCCCCCCACAAAUUUCUUAUUAAAAUUCUUACCACAUUAGAAAAGAAUGCAAUUAUUUGUUCAUAAGACAUCAUAAAAAUGAAAAAAUACGUAUCGUUAGUAAUGUGUUUGCCACAUAAGUGUGAAGAUCUGGAUUCAAUCCUUCAGAACCAUAUAAAAAGCUGGGCACAAGCGCUAUACUCCUGCAAUCCCAGUGAUGGAAGACACAGGAAGAUCCCUGGUGCUUGCUGGAUAGCAAGUCUUAUCCCAAUCAUUGACCUUGUCUCAAAUACAAGGUAGACAGUGAUGGAGGAAGAUACCCAGUGUCCCCUCGGGCUCCCACACAAAUGUGCACAGAGAUGGACAUGCACGCUUGCCCCCUAAAGUUUUUCUUUUGAGAAAGGAAAAACAACGUUCUGACAACCAUUAUCACACACACAUACACACACUUCUGUAUCUUCUACUUUGACUAAAUAAAUAAAAACAACUAAUCGUGGCCAGUGCAUUAGCUAUGCUUUCCUAGAAAGGAAGAAAACUUUCUGCAGUACUCUGCUUUUGGAUGCAGGAAUUACAGGAUCAAGUCUCACAGAAGAAACCACGCAGGAAAGGACAGGGCGGCAAACACAGGGUAUUUGUUUGAGAAUACUUGUUGUUACUUCCCUGUUGAGUAAGGGUGGAAGUCCAUCUGGAAAUCACUGGUUUCUCAGUGUGAAUGUCAGUGCCUGAGUAUGAUAAAGCUGUGGAUAGCCAGGAUGGUGCUGGGGUCAAUGAAACAAAAUAAAGUUCAGAAAUACACUCCCACACAUACUCAACCAAUUCUGAAAAAGGUACGAGGGUCACUCAAUGGGAAAGUCCUUUCUAAGUCACAGAUGCAAGAAUAAACACCCUGUACACAGCCCUAUAGCACACUCUUGGAUCUUAUCCAAUUCCACAGUCCAAACAAAUCGCAAUAGAGACUGAAAUAUAAGUGCUAGUAACUAAAAUGUAAAACACAAUGUAAAACACAAAAGGGUCAAAAUCUUUGUAAUCUUGGUGCGAUAAUUAAAAAAAAACGGCAUGAGAAAGAUGGACGCCAUGUGACAGAGCUC